AUGGUUAAGGAGACUCGUUAUUACGACAUUCUCGGUGUUUCUCCUACAGCAACUUUAAGCGAGAUCAGAAAGAGUUACAAGAAAUUGGCCCUAAAGUACCAUCCUGACAAAAAUAGCAACGAUAAUGGGGAGAAGUUUAAAGAGAUAUCACAAGCCUUUGAGGUCCUCUCGGAUCCCAAAAAGCGGGAUAUUUAUGAUCAAGGUGGGGAGCAGGCGCUGAAGGAGGGCGGAGGUGGGGACUUUAACUUCCACAAUCCGUUUGACAUCUUUGACAUGUUCUUUGGCGGUGUUUCUCGCUCCCGCGGUCCAACCCGUGGUCGUGACACUGUGCAUCCACUGGCAGUUACUCUGGAAGAACUGUACAAUGGAUCGACCAGGAAAUUAUACGUUACCAGGAGCGUUAUGUGCCCCAAAUGCGGAGGUGUCGGUGGAAGACCUGGCUGUGCUAGGCCCUGCGAGACGUGCAAUGGAACAGGCGUUAAAGUGAGGCUGCGUCAGAUCGCGCCCGGUGUUGUACAACAAUCACAGACGAUCUGCGACGAGUGUAACGGUUCUAAAGAAUUUAUUGCCCCGAAGGACCGUUGUUCAAAUUGCUCCGGAAAUAAAGUUGUAAGAGAGAAGAAGCUUCUCUCUGUUGAAAUCGACAAAGGCAUGAUGGACAACCAAACCAUUCGGUUUGCUGGCGAGGGAGAUCGUGUGCCCGGAAUUGAACCUGGUGACAUAAUAUUCAGUCUCGACGAGCAGCCUCAUGAUAGAUUCCAGAGGAGAAAAAUGGAUCUCAUCUACACCAUGUUCAUCACAGUGGGCGAGGCUCUUGCAGGCUUUCGCCAUGUUAUAAAGACACUUGAUGAUCGGCAACUGGUGGUUGAAACAAAACCUGGAGAGAUCAUAAAGCCUAAUGAACUGCGUUGUAUUCCCAACGAGGGGAUGCCGCGAUAUAAAAAUCCGUUUGAGCGCGGGCGGCUGAUCAUCAAAUUCUUUGUUAACUUCCCAGACUCCCUAAGCCAGGAUAAGGUGGAGGCUUUGAGGAAGAUUCUCCCAUUUUCACCCCAUGAUGAAAUAGAUCCAGAUGCUGAAUAUUGUGAGCUUCAUCCUAUCGAGGAGUAUUCAAGUCCCACAAAUGAUCACCAAGAAGCCUACAUGGAAGAGGACACUGACGGUCCUCAGAGGGUGCAUUGUGGCACAGUAUAA